CCCACGCGGGAAGCUCCUUAAGCCCGGGCGCGCGGCGGGACCCGCGGAGCCGCGACGAUGGCGGAGCCGCCUGGGGCCGAGCCGGGGGCGCAGCGGGGCCCCCGCACCUACGCGCGCCGCUGGGUGUUCCUGGCGGCCGUGGGCCUGCUCAGCUGCUCCAACGCCACGCUGUGGCUCAGCUUCGCGCCUGUGGCUGACGUCGUUGCUGAGCACUUCGGCCUGUCCACGGAGCAGAUCAACUGGCUGUCGUUGGUCUACCUCGUGGUGUCCAUCCCGUUUGGUGUGGCGGCCAUCUGGGUCCUGGACUCUGUCGGGCUCCGCGGGGCGACCAUCCUGGGCGCGUGGCUGAACUUUGCAGGGAGUGUGCUACGCAUCGUGCCCUGUGUGGCGGCUGGGACCCGAAACCCGUUUGCCUUCCUCAUGGGCGGCCAGAGCCUCUGCGCCCUUGCCCAGACCCUGGUCAUUUUCUCUCCAGCCAAGCUGGCUGCCUUGUGGUUCCCAGAGCACCAGCGAGCUACGGCCAACAUGCUGGCCACCAUGUCGAACCCCCUGGGCAUCCUUGUGGCCAACGUGCUGUCCCCCGCACUGGUCAAGAAGGGCGAGGACAUUCCACUAAUGCUUGGUGUCUAUGCCAUUCCUGCUGGCGUCGCCUGCCUGCUAUCCACCACCUGCCUCUGGGAGAGCGUGCCCCCCACCCCGCCCUCUGCUGGGGCCGCCAGCUCCACCUCGGAGAAGUUCCUGGACGGGCUCAAACUGCUCGUGAGGAACAAGGCCUAUGUCAUCCUGGCUGUGUGUUUUGGGGGAGGCAUCGGGAUCUUCUCCAGCUUCUCAGCCCUCCUGGAGCAGAUCCUCUGUGCGAGUGGCUACUCCAGCGGCUUUUCCGGGCUCUGUGGAGCUCUCUUCAUCGUGUUCGGGAUCCUGGGCGCACUGGCUCUUGGCCUCUACGUGGACCGGACCAAGCACUUCACCGAGGCCACCAAGAUCAGCCUGUGCCUGACCUCUCUGGCCUGCGUGGCCUUUGCCCUGGUGUCCCGGCUGCAGGGACAGACCCUCACCCUGGCCACCACCUGCUCGCUGCUCGGGCUCUUUGGCUUCUCGGUGGCCCCCGUGGCCACAGAGCUGGCGGUGGAGUGCUCCUUCCCCGUGGGCGAGGGGGCUGCCGCGGGCCUGGUCUUUGUGCUGGGGCAGGCUGAGGGCAUGCUCAUCAUGAUGGUGAUGACGGCACUGACUGUGCGACGCUCGGAGCCGUCCUUCUCCACCUGUGUGCAUGGGGAGGAUCCACUUGACUGGACAGCUGCAUUGUGGUGCUCUUCUUCCACACCCCAUACCGGCGCCUGCAGGCCGAGUCCGGCGGGUGCCCUGCCACCCAGAACGCCUGCCCAGGCGCUGAGGACCGAGCGUGCCCCCCAGAAGCCACCGCUUGAGGCCCCAGCGUGGCACUCCCAGCUUGGAAGCUGCAAGAAGCUUCCCUGGACCCUGCCUCGUCCUCCCAGAGCCCCAGAGCCCGGGCGCGUGAAGGGGAGGCAGGCUUGGUAGCCACGGGCUGCGGGCUGCGCCGGCCCCGCCAGAAAGCUGGGUGCACACGGGACGCGUGGGAGGGCCCCCGAGGCUGAUGCGUGUCUGAGAGAGAGGGCGACUGCUGUGUGGACGAGGACCAGGCAGGCCCCGUGUGUGGACGCGGACCACAGAGGACGCUGUGUGGACCCGGACCGGGCAGGGCGGCCGUGAGCAGCGCAGACUCAGGCCCGGGAUGGACGGAGAGGGCGCGGGACGGUGUGGGGUCCUGGGCGCAGGGCGGCAACUCCGGAGCGCACGGGAUGUGGCCUCGCUAGAGGGUCCAGAAGCCCCCAGCCCCUGCCCUGCCCCCCCAGUGACCCCCGCGAGUGGACUCGGACUCGCAAGCAGGGCCCAGCGUCCAGGUUUAUUAGGGGGCCGCGCCUCACUCCUCCUUCUCCUCCCCGUGGGUGAUCACGUAGCUCAGCGCCUUGUAGUCCAGGUUGCCCGCGGCGUCGAUGGAGGCGAACUGGAACAUCUGGUCCACCUGCCGCGGGGAUGCGGGCGGCGCUCAGGCCGGUGCGGGGGCGGGGGGCUUCCUGCGGACGAAUUACAGGCGCGAACCCCCA